AUGAUGCUCACAUUCGAACGAGCGAAUUACCGAGAGAUAAGAAAAUUGAUUUUUGUUGCGACAAAAAUCACUGUUGCAUUUCUUAUCUUGAUAUAUUUUGGUGCAAGUCUGGUCAUGUGUAAUGAAGACAUCUCGUUUUGCGAUGAGCGCCUGAAAGAACUCAAGCAGGACGUGAAAGACUGGAAUAAGAGAUGCGUGAAUACACAAGGAAAAGAUAUUGAUACACCAUGCUGUGAAACAGAGAAACAAUACAAUAAGGAGAAGAUGAAUAUGCAGACAAAAUUGUGCUUCUACAAAG